AUGCUGCUGGACGGGCUACAUACUCGCAGUAUUGAAAGAAAGGCAGCAUUUAGUGGCAGCCUUGACACAGUACACCCGUGUUUCCAGGAAGGCAAUAACGACGGCGUGUCCUUCGUGAGGGCGUCUACGGGCACGACCUCGGCGCAGGGAGACUUCACGCCCUAUGGAUACGUGUCGCGCCCGGGCUCCACGCCGCUCAGCUACAGUUUAUGGGGUUCGAACGCCUCCACCACGAGUUCGGAAGAGUCGUAUCGGCGGCAGUUCAACCGAACACUUUGUCGCGUGGUGUUCGGAUGCGCUGUGUUGCUCGUGAUUCUCGCCGUCUUGGGAAUCGUUGGCAUCGCUGUCUAUCUCGGAGUAUUAACAAAUGAUGAGGAGGGAUCGGAAUACGAAGUGCGGUACAGAGGUCAGCUCAAGGUCACGGCCGGAGACACGUGGAUCCCCGACCUGGCGCGGUCCGCGUCGCCCGCCUUCAGAGCCAAGGCGCUGAAGUACGAGAAGAUGCUGGAGUCCGUCUACGAGAACAGCUUCCUGAAGGGCUCGCUGAGGAACGCCAAGGUCCUGCGCAUCCUGAGGAACCCCGAGAACAACCGCGGACUCAACCUGCACUUCAGGCUUGCCCUCGACCGCCGGAAGAUGCCCAGCCACGUUGAUAACACAGAGCUGGCAGUCAAGGACGUUCUGCUGCAAGAACUGAUGAGCCUAGAACCUGUUGCAUUCCAGAAAGUUGCGAUUGAUAUCGAUUCGUUUAGAAUUGCAAGAGAGAGUAACGUCACCCGGACGGAAUCAGCAGCCUCUUCGGCGCCAAAGGAGGAGGAGGAAGUCCAGGUGAUUAAGGUCGAAGGAACGCAGGAGUCUCCCGGAGGAUCUAUCGUGAUCAAGAAGCCCUCUGGCGGCGCGGAUCGCUCGCAGCAGGACGGCGCGCGCGAGGAGAGCAGCACCGUGGCCAACCUGAUCUACCAGUUCGGCGCUUGGCGGCCUGUCAACCCCUACAACUUCCGGCCGUCCUCGCCCGACCCCUCGGCUGUCACUCCGGCCAAUCCGCCCGUGCGCCCCGCCAGCGCCCCCGUCCGCCCAUUCUACAACCCCACUCAGAGGCCAGCACGCCCCUCGAGGCCACAGGAAAAGAACAGGGCCGUCACUCCUCCGCAUCUCCCCGACGAAAUCACGAUCUUUUCGAGGCCGAACUACAACGCAAGACCCACCUCGACGCAGCCUCCCCCUAACCGAACCCCGAGCUCGGCGGAUCACCUGAUCACAUUCCAGGAUAUCUUGGAAGGAAACAGGAGACGUCCUUCGUUCUCAGCCUCGCAUUCCUCUUCAGGCAGCCAGAUGGCCUCGGCAGCCUCCCACCAGACGCCAGGGGUGCCCCAUGUCACGUCUUACACCGGGGUGAGAGAACCUCAGCCUCCGAAGCCCCCUGCGGAUUUCAGAUUCCCCUUGGACAGAUUCCGAUACCCCAGCACCUCGUACGCAGUCACAACCCUGCCUCCCGCCACCGAACCCACUGUCGCUGCAUCGUCUUUCAACAUCUGGGAUUUCCUCACGACCAGGAAGCCUCUGAUUCUGAACACAGAGGUGGUAACGUCAACGAGCAUCGACGUCCAGUACGGCUCAACGUCCUCGGACCAAGGCACAACACAGUAUGGUCCUGUGUAUAGACCGACGAGUGAGCUGGCCCCAGUCUAUAGACCGACCAUCAACAAUGGACCAGUCUACAGACCUGAUCAAGGGACUACAGACGAGUAUGGUCCAGUGUAUCGGCCAAGCAGCGAACCGGCACCUUUAAAAGAGUUUUCCGGAGACCAGAAUUUCCUAACGGUUCCUGUGAUAUCGGGAACUAACGUCCGCUAUAUCACCGUGAACAAGACGCGCGCGAACUACCCCAACGUCGUUAUCGUCAACCUUCAGGCGACUCCCGAGGAAGAAACGACGACGCCCGAGACCUCCUCGCGGGGCGACGGAAGGAGAUUCAAUACGAAAUUCCUGGAGGACAUUUUCCAGACUGUGCUGCGAAACACGAACUACCGCGGCAUAGACGGAGCCACUCACUUCAGUAAUUCUGGCUUCUCAAACAGAAGGGGAAAACCUAUUGACCUCGAUAUACCAGACUCACCUGCGCCCUUGCUUGACGAGGAAACCAAUGAGUCUCUCUCCCUCUGGUCUGUCUUAAGGAACCUGAGCCAGGUUUAUCUGUCCGACCCCGCCAUCAUCCAGCAGCUGCAAGACUUCGAAAAGGCAGCUUCACAAAAAGCAAACCGAGCCACAACAGCUACAUCAGUACCACAAUCCACAACUCCAGAUCAAACAACAACACCCAACCUGACGCCAUUCUUCCAGCAUUUAAGAGGCUCUCAGAAUCCCUUCUUGAAAAAUUCCAAUGUCGUGGCCAGCCAGCAAGCUCCUGCUUACGCUUACAUCCCUUUGCAUGACCCAAACACAUCAGAGACUAGAGAUGCCUCGACCGAUGAUGACAAGGACCCUGCUCAUGCACUGAACUACACUCUCCAAUACAUCACGCCUCGACCGGCAUCAGGUGUCACGUAUCCCAUGGAUUACACACCACAGCCCAUCCGCUACACCUCUUCGCCUUUCACCACCCUGUUCAUGACCGGCGUUGGAGGCAAGAGCUCGGGCAGCCCGCAGGUGAUCAGUGUGUCGAGCCGUUCCCCCGUCAUAUCGUCAGGUAGCUCCUCGAUGACAAACUCUCCGAUCCAUACAUUCGUCCUCAAAGAAGGGCAGAGCAUGGAGGAUCUGCUGCAAGAGAUCUUCGACACCAUAUCGCUGGAAGAAGAGAACGAGGCUUUUCCCUCCACCGACGCUCCGAGUUCAGACGUCGAAACGACGACCGAGGAUUUCGAAACCACGUACCAGACCACCCGCGAAAUAGAGAGCCGCGACAGCGUUCUGGAGUCCAUCAACAGAAUCCUUCAGCAGCACCUCGAGAAGAUGAAGAACCAGUCCAAGGACUCCUCUCAAGAGCAAAGUUCCACGGCACCGUCGGCGGCGCCGGAGACUUCUCUGCCGUCCCGAGAGCCGUCCAAGCCGCACGGGGGGAUCGACCCUAUCCACGACCUCUUCCCCGUCAUGACCCGCCCCAUGAACUUCAUCCGAACCACUACGCCCGAGCCCUACGAGAUCCUGGACGACGGCGACAACGAGAUCAAGACAACGGUCGUGGGGGAGGGCAUGACCUCCACGGAGGAGGUCAGGACGGAGACCUCAAUAGACGUGUCCUACAGCGUCCACUCUGCCACCACCGAGAUAGCGCUUAUCAACAACGACACAGUGCAAGCAUGCCAGAGCAAGUCCCAGUUCCGUUGCAAAUCAGGCGAGUGCAUCGCCGAGUCCUCGCGGUGCAACCUGAUCCAGGACUGCCGCGACAGCUCCGACGAGCGGGACUGCUCCUGCGCCGACUUCCUCAAGAGCAAGUUCCUCACUCGGAAGAUCUGCGACGGCAUCGUCGACUGCUGGGACCACUCGGACGAGUCCAGCUGCGACUGGUGCAAACCGGGCCAGUUCAUCUGCCCGGGGACGACCCAGUGCAUCGAGCAGAGCCAAGUGUGCGACGGAACCACGGACUGCAAGGACGGGGACGACGAGAGGACAUGCGUCACCAUUGCGCCGGACGUCCCCGCUGCCAACUCUCUGGAUUACCAUGGCGAAGGGUUCCUGAUGGUGCGGAAACACGGCGUCUGGGGAAAGCUUUGUCUCGACAACUUCGAGCAGGUGACGUCUCGAGCUUCUGCAACCUGGACGGUGUCAGAUUUAGGCCAGGCCGUGUGCAAAACACUCACUUUCAGCAAUUUCAGCCGCGUGGAGCGCUACCCGGACACGACCCUCGUCAAGCGCUCGCGGCCCAACGUCCCCUCCAGGUACCACUCGCUCCUCCCACCUCCAACUUCUGCGGCUCCUUCGCCCGUCUACUACGAAAUCAACGUCUCCGACAAAGGAUUCCUGCCCACGCGCGCCCGCUCCGUACCCUUGGACACGUCCUCGGCGGCGGACCUCACUCUCUCCUUGGAUUUCGAGAAGACUACGUGCCCGAGGAAGGACGUGGUGAAGGUCUCUUGCGAAGGACUACAGUGCGGGAUGAGGCCGCGCGCCGUGCACCAUCGCGCCAGGAUCGUGGGCGGCAGCAACAGCGGGCCCGGAUCUUGGCCCUGGCACGCGGCGCUGUACAAGGAGGGCGAGUACCAGUGCGGCGCCACGCUCAUCAACGACCGCUGGCUCAUCUCCGCUGGCCACUGCUUCUAUAGCGCCACCAACAACCACUGGGUGGCUCGUCUGGGCGCCCUCAGACGGGGCUCCAAGUUCCCCUCGCCGUACGAGCAGCUGCGACAUAUCACGCACAUUUUCAUUCAUCCUGAGUACGUGGAAACGGGCUUCAUCAACGACAUCACUUUGCUCAGCGUCAAUGAACCGGUUCGCUUCACCGACUACGUGCGCCCCGUGUGCCUUCCUCCGCCCGGCGCCAACAUCGAGGACGGCCGCCUGUGCACGCUGGUGGGCUGGGGGCAGCUGUUCGAAGUGGGCAGAAUCUUCCCCGACACCCUGCAAGAGGUCCAAGUGCCGCUGAUCUCGACGUCCGAAUGCCGCAAGAGGACGGUGUUCAUCCCGCUCUACCGCAUCACCGACGACAUGUUCUGCGCAGGAUACGACCGCGGCGGGAGGGACGCCUGCCUCGGCGACUCCGGCGGGCCGCUCAUGUGCCAGGAACCCAACGGGUCGUGGCAGCUGGUGGGCGUCACGAGCAACGGGUACGGGUGCGCGCGCCCGCACCGCCCCGGCGUCUAUACGAAGGUGGUCAAAUAUCUCGACUGGAUGAAUCAGGUGAUGGAGCUGACGAAGAGCGAACUGGUGGUGCCGGUGCCAGCGCAGUGCGAGGGCCACCGCUGCCCCCUCGGCCAGUGCCUCGCCCCCUCCAACGUGUGCAACGGCGUGGUCGAGUGUUCGGACGGCUCGGACGAAGCCCAGUGCCACUGAGAAAAUUGCGUUAAAUGGUGUCGUUUGCGGUGAAUUUGUUUCGAUGUGUCACGGUUUCGGACGAGGUGUCGAGGAUGUCACGCGUGUCGAGAUUAGAACUUGUUUUAGACUCAUUGAGAGUUUGUUGAACACGCAUUUCGGCCAGUAUGAUGAUGUUCUAAAUGCAAAAUAAUUUAUGGAUGGAAAUAGGAGAGGAGAAAUCAUCAUCAUUCAGUAUUAAUUAACGGAAAACUGCUUCUUGGACACGCUCAAGGUGCCUUUAAGUGAAGAAAAUGAAGUGUAAAAGAAUAAGCUGAGUGAAAAAAUAUCAGAAGAAACACAGAAUGUGGAAACAAAAGAAAUACUAAUCUUAAUAAUUUGAACUGUUUCGAAUCAUGUGAAUUCUCAAAAGUUAUGAACUCACCGUAUCAUGAGUUCGCUUAUUUACGAAAAAUGAUUAUUGUUAUAUAUAUUUAAUUCAUAUGUAGUGUGACUGUGUACUGCAUAUUCAUCAAUUACAACUCCAGCGCUCUCAAAGUUUCACAUUGGAACAGAGAGCAUGGCGAGGAGUGUCAUUUCAAUGGGCAUUAUAAAUUAUAUAAGGACAGCACUUGAUAUACACCUAUUUUCAAAGUAAAAUGUUUUACACAAAAUAUGCACAAUUAGCAUUAGUAGCUGUGUACAGUGUUUAUCUUAAUAGCUCAUAAUUUGCAAAAAAAGAUCUAAUUAGGAGUUUGUUACAUCUUAAAAAAAAAAAAAAAA